AUGCCUCGCUCUCCUGCGCUUUCCCCACUGCUACUUCUGCUGCUGCUACCGCCGCUGGCCGCAGGCCUUAGGCUUCACGGCGCGGGUGGCCGGCGCCCCGAGUGCGGUCCGUGCCGGCCGGAGCUCUGCCCAGCGCCCGCGCGCUGUCCGGCUCCCGCUAUCGCGGCGCGCGAUGAGUGCGGCUGCUGCGCGCUCUGCCUGGGCGCCACCGGGGCGGCGCCCGAGGGUACCGGGCUCUGCGUGUGCGCGCAGCGCGGCACCGUCUGCGGCUCGGAUGGCCGCUCUUACCCUAGCGUCUGCGCCCUGCAUCUGCGCGCCCGGCACAUGCCCCACGCGCAUCUCAGCCACCUGCACAAGGCGCGCGAUGGCCCGUGUGAGUUCGCUCCUGUGAUCGUCAUCCCACCCCGGAGUGCUCACAACGUCACCGGGGCACAAGUGUAUCUGUCCUGUGAGGUGCGGGCUGUGCCUGCUCCUGUUAUCACAUGGAGAAAGGUCACCCAGUCUCCCGAGGGCACACAGGUGCUGGAGGAGCUGCCUGGAGACCAUGUCAAUGUCGCUGUCCAGGUGCGAGGAGGCCCUUCUGAUCACGAGGCCACUUCCUGGGUUUUGAUCAAACCACUGAGAAAGGAAGAUGAAGGAGUGUACCAGUGUCAUGCAGCCAACACAGUUGGGGAGACCCAGUCCCAGGGCACGGUGACAGUCACACAAUACAGUAAGUAUCUACAGCAACCUCCCUUUCCUCCUCCCAGCUCCUGA